CCCUCGCAACCGUAAUCAAGCGUCUUCUUCGACUGACAAAACAAUUAAGCAACUGGAAUACAGCUUUGAAACUACAAACUAAUGAAAUCUGGUGCAGAGAACAUUAAAAACCUCUUAAAUAAUGUCGAAAGUAAGCUCGGACACAUUAUGGGAUGUUGCUGCCGCGGAAGUGCGCAGGAGGGAGAGCAGAACUGGUGAAGAGGAGGCUGAAGAAGAUGCGCAUUUCCCCUCACAGAGAACAGUGUUCUUCAUGGGCAGUAAAGCAGGAGGCAAAACAACAAUAUUACUGCGGUUUCUAGACAGAGAUGAGACAGCUAAACCUACUCUUGCACUGGAGUACACUUUUGGAAGACGUGCGAGAGGUCAUAAUACGCCUAAAGACAUCGCUCAUCUGUGGGAAUUGGGAGGAGGAAUCUCCCUAUCAGAUCUUGUUCAGAUUCCCAUCACGGCUGACAAUGUCAGUUUUUUGUCAGUUUUGCUUGUUCUGGAUCUGUCGAAACCCAAUGCUCUGUGGGAGACCAUGGAAAGUCUGCUUGGAUCAGCUCGAAAUCAGGUGGAAAAAGUGUGUGCCGCACUGCAGAAGACAGGAGAAUCCAGAUCUGGCAAACAACAAGUCCCACGAGUCCUCCACAAGGACUAUCCGGACCGAGAGCUCAUCAGCCCUUUCCCUGUUCCUCUGCUCAUAGUUGGGAGCAAGUAUGACAUUUUUCAGGACUUUGAUUCAGAGAAGAGAAAGGUGAUCUGUAAGACUCUACGCUUCUUAGCCCACUUCUAUGGAGCAUCACUAAUCUUCACCAGCAGCAAGUCAGAAACCACAAUGUCUAAAAGCAGGAGUUUUAUUAAUCAGUUGGCAUUUGGGACCGAAAGACCAAAAUCAGUCUCUACAGACCCCAGUAAACCUCUGGCCAUUCCGUCUGGAUCAGACUCCCUCAGUCAAAUCGGUCCGCCUGUGACCUCAGAGGUUGAUAUUGGGACUCUACAUGCCAAAAACCCCUUAGACCUCUGGAAGAAGGUUUUUGAAAGAGUUUUCCCACAUGAGAGCACAAAGGAGCGUAAAGAGCUGAAAGACCCUGUCAAAGAUCCUCAGUUCAGUGAGCCGCUUAUAGACUCUAUCAGAUCACAGAAAGACCAGGAGCUGGACCAAUACAAGAGAGAACAAGCAAAAUCCUGGAAAAGUUUGGCUCUGGAUCCAUAGAUUCCACUUAAAAAUCUUCUAACACCAAGUUGGUGCUGUACUUUACAAAAUUGACUUUAAAGUUAUGCUUCUAUUUAGUACCAUACGGUUAUGUAUAUAUAUAUUUAUAUAGUAACAAUUUUGGAUAAAAUGUGUGUGAAUGGAAAUUCAUCUCAACCUUUUGUAAUUCAAAUGUCCACAGUUCAUAAUUAAACUGCAAUCUAUCUCAA